CACCAGCGCGCGCGCGCGCUGGGCCCGCCGCUCAGUCGCUCGCGCCAGCUACCCCCAGGCCUCGCAGCGCAUGUGCCCGGCGUCCUCUGCCUGGCCCUGGAUUCCACUCCCUCGCAGUUUCCGCCGCCCCUAGAGCCCGCGCCGGCCCCGCCGCCCAUGGCCGGGACCCGCUGGGUACUCGGGGCCCUGCUCCGAGGCUGCGGUUGCAACUGCAGCAGCUGCCGGCGCACGGGCGCCGCCUGCCUGCCGCUCUACACGGCCGCCGGCGCCUUCCCCGCGGGCGUGUCGGGUCGCCGCCGCCUGCUGCUGCUGCUCGGGGCGGCCGCCGCCGCCGCCCAGACGCGGAGCCUGCAGGCCGGCCGCCUAGUGGGGCCGCCGCCCCCGCCGGCUCCGGCCGCUGGUGCCGUGGCCGCGGCCGCCGCCUCCUUCCAGGCCCUGCGCGGGCCCUUGCUAACCCCCGCCGUCCCCGCCGCCGCGCCUCCGCUAGGCCGCGGCUACGGCAAGGACUCUAAUACCUAUUUGGAAGAACUCCCACAACUCCCUGAAUAUGACUCGGCUCCAUCCAAGUUAGAAGGGGAGGAAGAUGAUGUCUAUCUCAUUCGAGCCCAAGGAUUGCCGUGGUCCUGCACUGUGGACGAUGUGCUGAAAUUUUUCUCUGACUGUAGAAUCCGAAAUGGGGAGCAUGGGAUACAUUUCCUCUUAAAUAGAGAUGGGAAACGCAGGGGAGAUGCCUUGGUUGAACUGGAGUCAGAACAGGACGUAAAGAAGGCCUUGGAGAAACACCACCUGUACAUGGGUCAGCGUUAUGUAGAAGUUUAUGAAAUAAACAAUGAAGAUGUGGACGCCUUAAUGAAGAGCCUGCAGGCCAAGUCAAGCCCUGUGGUAAACGACGGAGUGGUGCGUUUGCGAGGACUCCCUUACAGCUGCAGCGAGAAGGACAUUGUGGAUUUCUUUGCAGGUCUGAAUAUAGUGGACAUAACAUUCGUCAUGGACCACCGAGGGAGAAGGAAAACAGGGGAAGCCUACGUGCAGUUUGAGGAACCAGACAUGGCCAACCAAGCUCUGCUGAAACACAAGGAGGAAAUUGGGAACCGGUACAUAGAAAUCUUCCCGAGCAGAAGGAACGAAGUCCGAACACACGUCGGGUCUCACAAAGGAAAGAAAGCAGCGCCUUCUACAGCCAAGUAUGGGAUCGAACCAGAACUGAACUUUGAGGAGCACGAAGCGAGUGAGGAGCUGCGGCCGAUCACCGCCUUUGAAAACGAGAAGGAAGUGGAAUUACCCAAGGAGGCACCCGAGAAGACUCCCGAGGCUGCUGAUUUUGGAACCCCGCCUUCCCAGCAUUUUGUUCACAUGCGAGGACUACCUUUCCAGGCCAACGCCCAAGACAUUAUAAAUUUUUUUGCUCCGCUGAAGCCUGUUAGGAUCACCAUGGAAUACAGCUCCAGCGGGAAGGCCACGGGUGAAGCCGACGUGCACUUCGAGAGCCACGAGGACGCCGUGGCAGCGAUGGGCAAGGAUCGGUCCCACGUGCAGCACAGGUAUAUUGAGCUGUUCCUGAAUUCUUGUCCAAAAGGAAAAUCGAAUUUCCAGGAGCAUCAUUGAAUCCAUAUAACAAGGAUGAAGCAAGAAGCAUUUCAUUUGCACACCUGUCUCGGACAUGGAAUCCAGAGUUUUAUCAGCAGCUUUGUCUAGGACAACUUUUUGGGUUUUUGGGUUUAAUAGCUUUGAAGAAAAAUUCCAUAGCUGACUGUUUAGGGAAGAGAAGAUUCAGUUUGGGAUUAUGAAAUAAACCUCACAUUUAAAUUUUUGUUUAUUACACGUCUAGGAUCUGAAAAUCUGAUCUGUUUUAUACGCCCACACAGCUCGAUGGGGAGAGAGAACGUAGCUCCACUCCUCUCCAUUCUUCUUCAGUUAACCUUGUUUCUAUAACUUAGACAAAGGAGAACCCUCACGCAAAGCUCCUGUUUUUGAAGGCGGUGGUCGUAGCAGAGCACUGACUGCAGCCAGACGCUCCCCAAAGCAGGGAAUGGGUUCUGAACUUGGGGGAGCCAGGGAGGUCUUUCGGCUUGCUAGAAGCAGCACGGAGGGUGGCCGCCCAAACUGAAGAUGUACCUGGUUGUUAGUGGAGGCUGUUUUUUUAAUAUAAAUGUUGUGGUCCCUUAAGCCUUAUGAUAUCUAACAUUGGUGCCUGGUGAAUUUACAAUGGUAAUUAAGCAGUGCUAUAGAUUAAGGGAAUCUCAGCUUCAUCUUAAAGGUGCCUGAACUUUAAAAACGCACACCCCAUGUGGGUUUAGUUUUGAACCAAGUAAAGCAAACAGAGCUCGUAAGUCCAGACUGUGGAGGACAGUGACUUCAGGUGAUAGCCAAGCAGGCUGGCCCUCUGUUUGUCUGCUGUCAGCCAGGCAGUACCUCCUGGGCAAGACAUGCUUUUGUCGUUCCCUCCCGUCCGUCCGUCCUUCCCUCCGCAGGCACAGGUGCAUGCAUGCGGUCACAAAAUGAGAGGUGCGGCGGUGGCUCCCUUGCGUGAAGUGUGGAAGGGUUGGUAGACAAAGCUGCCCUCUUCUCACACUGGCAGUAUUUUCUGGUUUACUGUUUUAAGUAGCUCCUUCGCUUAACCAUUCAAAAUAGCCGCAGACCCCAAAGUUUUGUGCUUCACCUAAGCUGAUGUGCACCUGUCCAGGUGAAUCCAAGUGCUGUGUACUUUCCCCUCUCCCUGGCUGCGCCUCUUGUCAGGAUGCAGUCAUGUAGUUUACCAGGACGUGCAGUCACAUGUCUGGAAACGAAUUACCCCAGGACUGUGGAGAUGGUGUCUGGGAGAGGGGAAUCUGUCUUCUCUCACAUAAUACGUUACCAUAUGUAAUUACCAGCUAAAAAUAGCAAAUCACUGUACUGUAAAGGUAGUCAAUAAAUGAAGGCUUAUUUCAGGCUGAA